AUGGCAGAGGCCAGGAAGUGGCUGCACGUGGCGUGGGAAGUGAAGGAGCAGAGCAGCCAGAAGGGUUUCCUGGCUCAGCCUUUCACCCUUCUGGACAUCCAUACACACUGGCAACAAACCUCAGAAGUUGGCCAGAAGCAGAAGGCAGAAGAUGAUGCAGUGCUGCAAGCCAAGAAGACCCGAGUGUCAGACCCCAUCAGCAGCUCGGAGAGCUCCGAAGAGGAGGAGGAGGAGGAGAAACAGCAGAAGCAAGAGGCAAAAGCCAAAACUGCUAAAGCUACUGCAAGACCAGCAUCUAGGACAUCUACCAACUCCUCAGCCAUGGGGGUAGAUUUGCCAUCAAGCCUGAGAGAAAAGGCUAAGGCAAAGACGAGGAAAGCCAGCAAGACAGUGAACUCUGUACCACACCUUGCCUUGGAAAAAUCACCCAAAAAGUCAACAGGGCCCUCAAGAAGUAUCAUCUUGGUUUCAGAAACUGAGAAAGAGGGCAGCAUAUAGGCCCUUGGAACCACUGCGAAGCCUGGGACCAUGUCAACAGGCCAGGCUGACCACUCCAGCAAGGACACCUCCAGCUCCAGCAAUGAAACAGAUGUGGAGGUGAAGUCUUCAGUGAAGGCAGCCCAGGUCAGACCCUCACCUGCCUCCACCAAGGAGUUUCCAGCAAGGAAGGCAGCCAUAAGCCCUGGGAAAGUUGGGGGGGGGGUGACACCCCAGGCCCUCACCCCAGCUAGGAGUGCUGUGAAACCAAAAGAGGACUCAAAAAGCAGCAGAGAGUCCAAGAGUGAGGAGGAGCACCCCCCCAUGGGGACCUCCAGCCAGAUGAAGGCAUCUGAGAAAAUCCUCCAGGGGAGAGCUGCCUCAGCCUGUGCCAAGGGGACCCCUGGGAAAGGGGUCAUACCAGCACCACCACCACCACCACCACCACCACCCCCCGCCAGGAAAGGAACCGCAUGUGCACUCCCUGUGAAGGCAGGUCCAAUAGCUGAGCAGGCCAAGCUGAGGCAUCCCAAGCAGGACUCAGAGAACAGCAGCAAGGAGGAACCUAACAGUGAGGUGGAGACACUGGUGGCUGUGCUGGCACUUCAGGCAAAUCCCAAAGGAAAGAACCCCCAAGUCAGAACUGCCUCAGCCCUUGCCAAGCAACCUCACAGAAAGGGUACUCCUGCAGCACUCCCUAGGAAGACAGGGCCUACAGCCAUGCAGGCCCAAGUGGGGAAGCAGGAGGAUGACUCGAACAGCAGCAGCAGCAGCAAGGAGUCAGUCAGUGAUGGGGAGACACCAGCAUCCCAGACCCCAAACACAAAGAUCACCCAGCUGAAACCCUUGGGAAAGACUUCUCAGGUCAGAGCUGCCUCAGCCCCUGCCAAGGAGUCCCCUAGGAAAGGCAUCCCUCUAGCACCCCCUAGAAAGACAGGGCCUGCAGCCACCCAGGCCCAUGUAGGGAAGCAGGAGGAGGACUCAGAGAGCAGCAGCAGCAGCAAGGAGUCAGACAGUGAUGGGGAGACACCAGCACCCCGGAACCGGCCACUGGGGAAAAAAGCUACCCCUAUACCUCCUCACAAGGCAGCACCUGUGGCCAUUUAGGUCAGUGCUGAAAGAUCCCAGGAAGACUCAGACAGCCAUGAGGAAUCAUCUGACAGUGGGGAGGAGGCAGCAGCAGCUAUGACUGCAGCUCAGGCAAAACCAGGUCUGAAAAUGCCUCAGACCAAGGCUUCCCCCAGGAAAGGAACCCUCCUCACCUCCACAUCUGCCAAGGGCCCCCCAUCGCAAAUGGGCACCCCAGCCCCUUGGAAAGCAGGCACAGUGACUUCUACAAGAGACUCAGCUGUGCCUCAGGGCAUCCAGAGGUCAGAGAGUGAUUCUUUGAUCAGUGAGGAAAAAUCAGAGGGUGAAGAGGCCAUGCCUGCAGCAACAGUGGCACAGACAAAGUCUCUGGGGAAAGGACUCCAAUGGCAAGCUGCCUCAGUACCCACCAAGGGACCCUCAGAGCAAGGGACUGUCCCAGUUCCUCCUGAGAAGACAAGGCCCACUGUUGCCCAUGUCGGAGCUGAGGCUCCUGAAAGAUCUGAGCGCAGUGAGGAGGACUCUGAUGACAGUGAGGUGGCAGCAGUCCUGACCCCAUCACAGAUGAAAGCCUCAGGGAAAACCCCUCAGGCCAAAGCCAACUCAGCUUCCACCAAGGCAUCUAUAGUCAAAAGGGCAGCAUCAAUUCCUGGAAAACUGGUCACUCCCAUUGCUGAAGGCAAACCAGGGCCCAUGGCCAAGGGGAAGCCGCCAGUGAGAGCCCUCCAGAACAGUGCCAUCUCAGCAAAGGGCCAGGCAUCUAUGCCAGCUAUAGAGAAAGCAGUGACUGCAGCAGCCAAGACUGAGAAGGACUCAGAAAGCAGAGAUGAGUCCUCAGAGAGCAAAGAGGAGGUACCAACCCAGGCUUUCUCCUCACUCUCUCUCUCAAGGCAAAGCCCACAGGGAAGACCCCCUCAGGUCAGAACUGCCUUAGCCCUCACCAAGCAGUCCCCCAGGAAGGGCACCCCUCCAGAAUUCCCUGUGAAGACAGGGCCUGCAGUCACCCAGGCCCAGGUGGGGAAGCAGGAGGACUCAGACAGCAGCAGCAGCAAGGAGUCAGACAGUGAUGGGGAGACACCAGCAUCCUGGACCCCAAACACAAACCCCACCCAGCUGAAGCCCUUGGGAAAGCCCCUCAGGAUAGGGACCCUUCUAGCACCCCCUGGGAAGACAGUGCAUGCAGCCACGCAGGCCCAGAUGGGGAAGCAGGAGGAGGACUCAGAGAGCAGAAGCAGUGAGGAGUCGGGUGGUGAUGAGGAGACACAGACAGUGGGGACCACAGCCCAGAAGAAUAUUACCUCAAAAAUUGCUAAGAGCAAUGCCCUAACCCCAGCUCCCCCAGAGAAGAACCCCAAGGGAUCCUCAGAGAGCAGUGAUGAGAGCUGCCCUCUGGUGAUUAAACCCCCUCUGAUUUUUGUCUACCCUAAUUGUAGUCCGGUGGUCCUGGCUGUGACCCUUGCACAAGUGCAAGCUGCAGGUGUCCCAAGAAAGUCCAGGGCCUCUAGCAGCACUGCUGGGAGUGCCUCUAAGAGUGAGGACAAGGACCUGAUCCCCACCACACAGUCCUGCACACCUGCUGUCCCCACAAGGACAUCCCCCAGAGCCAGCAUCAGUGAGUAGACCAGCCAGGCAUCAGAAGGCAAGAAACAGGAGGCAGCAGUCUCUCAGGUGACUAGGAAGAACCCAGCUUCCCUGCCAUUGACUCAGGCUGCCCUGAAGGUCCUGACUCGGAAAACUGAUGAGACUCAGCUUUCAAGUGAGGCUGGCAGUACUACAGGAAUGCUGCCUUUCACACAUCCCCAGAGCACCCCUGUCCAGGCCAGAGUGGCCAACACACUCAAACAAGCCAAGCAUCCUGAAGGUCAGCAGAACACAGCCACUUUCUCAGGCCACCCUAAAGCCAAAGCCUCUAGAAGCUCAGAUGACAGUGAGGACAGCAGUGACAACUCUUCAGGGAGUGAGGAGGAUGCUAAGGGACCUCAGAUGGCCAAAUCAGCAUAUAGGACCCUCUCUAAGAGGGAGAUCUUGGUGAAGGAGACCACAGCAGAGUCCAGCGAGGAUGAGGUGGUGGCACCUUCUCAGUCUCUCCUCUCAGGUUAUGUGACACCUGGGCUGACCUCAGCCAAUAACCAGGCUUCAAAAACUACUGCCAGGCAAGAAUCAAACCCUGAAGUUUUCUCUGCUUCACCCACCAAAGAUGGCCUAGCCAGCAAGCAAGCAGCAAACUCAAAGCACAUAGGAGGCACCGGGUCCCUUAAAUCAGGUGGGAAAGAACCUGCCUCAGGCCCCACACCUCAGAAGUCCCAGAAGCCCAAGAAGGCCAUGAGCACCAAAGCCUCCCUGCAGACACUAUGGAGCAGCAUCACCAAGCACCUCCUGGGCCAAUCCUGGCCCCUGAAUGAGGCAUAGGUUCAGGCCUCAGUGCUGAAGGUUCUGACUGAGUUGCUGGGGCAGGAAAGGCAGAAAGCAGAUACCACCAGGGAGAGCAGCAAGAAGGGCUGGAAGCAGAAGCUGUAGGGAGACCAAAUGGGCUCCAGGGCUCCCAAGGGCAAGAAGAAAAACCAGCUGGCCUCUGGGAAAGGCAAGGAUUGUGCUGCUUCCUCUGAAAAGUCCUCAAGGACUUCCAAGGGGAAAACAAAGACAGACAAAGCAAGUGGUAACAUCAAGGAGAAGGGUCCUCCUGGCUCUGGAGGGGCCAAGGCCAAGUCUGAAGGGGCACUUCUGAAGGUAGAGGGUGGAGAUCAGAAUGACCCAAAGAGCAAGAAAAGAAGAAGAAAUCCAAUAAGAAAAAAAUAAUAAGACAAGGACAAAAGGAAAAAAAGAAAAAGAAAAGAAAAGAAGAAAGGAAAAAAGGCCUCUGCCAAAGACUGUGAUUCACCAUUCCAAAAGAAAAAGAAAAAGAAGGCAGAGCUAAUGACAGUGUGAGGAGACCAAGAACCAGGUGCAGGAUCUUAUUAGUGGAAU